AUGUUGAUGAAGCUGGGGGGUCUGGAACGUCGGAUGAUAGCUCAAGGUGCGUCCCUUCCUCCAGCUGAUCCUCUUGCCAAGCUUUCUAGGACCAACAACGCUGUUGUCAAUUCUCUUGCCACUGGUCCUAUUGAUUCUUCUGUCGCUGAUCCUAUUGAUCCUUCUAUUAUUGCUGACCCUAUUAAUCCACUUACUGUAAUUUCUUCAAAAGAAAUUUAG